UGACGUCAGAACAGGAAGUGUUGGUGAUAUCUAUCCCAGUUUACGUGUUGUUAUGUUUCUCCCGCUCAUCUCUUCUUCAGCUUCUUAAAGUUACUCAAAGAGUCACUGCGGAAUCUCGUGAAAAAGCGAAACUUUCCUAACUAAACAGUCGCGGAAACAACCGCCGUCAGACAUGCAGAAGGACAGGGAUGAGGACGAUGCAUCUCCUGAAGAGUUUGUUGCCCUGUCUGACUUCACCGCAGGGGACAGCGACCAGCUUAGCUUCAGCCGCGGGGACAGGGUGUUCGUGCAUGCCAAGCCUUCAUCAGAGUGGUGGUGGGCAGAGCUGGAUGGGGACAUAGGUUAUGUCCCUGCCGGCUACCUGCGCCAGGAUGGUGCUGAGGAUGAAGACGACGCCUCUGUGGAGGACCCAUGGCAAGAUGAGGAAUACUUUGGCAGCUAUGGGACACUGAAGCUUCACUUGGAGAUGCUGUCCGAUAAGAGCCGCACUGAGGCGUACCGCCAUGUUAUUCUCAGCAACAGCGCUUCUCUGAGGAAUAAGGUGGUGAUGGAUCUCGGCUGUGGGACCGGUAUCAUCAGCCUGUUCUGUGCACAGCUGGCACAACCCUCAGUGGUGUAUGCUGUGGAGGCGAGCCCCAUGGCGGAGUACACCAGACAGCUGGUGAAGCAGAACGGCUGUGAGGAGGUGGUCACGGUGCUCCAGGAACGAGCUGAGGAGAUCGAGCUACCUGAGCAGGUGGACGUCCUGGUGUCCGAAUGGAUGGGUAACUGCCUGCUGUUUGAGUUCAUGGUGGAAUCAGUCUUGUUGGCCAGGGACCGCUGGCUCAGGGAAGGCGGCGUGAUGUGGCCCUCAUCUGCCGCCCUCACCCUGGUGCCGUGUCAGGCCGACAGCUAUUACGCAGAGACAAUGGCCUUCUGGGAGCGGCCCUACGGUCUGGACUUCACUCCUCUUCAGCCUUUAGCACAACAGGAGUUCUUCACUAAGCCAAAGUUCAGCCACCUCGUCGAGCCCGAUGACUGCCUCACUGCCCCCUGUGAUGUCCUGUGCCUGGACAUGUACAGUCUGCAGGUCCAUGACCUGGAGGAAAUGAAGGGUCAGUUUCAUUUUUGUGUGGAAAAGUCCGGCGUUUUCCAUGGAUUCACCUCCUGGUUCACUGUUCAUUUCGAGAGCUUGGAGACAGGGGGCGCACCAGUGGAACUGAACACCGGACCUGCCUCUGAGCCGACACACUGGAAGCAGACUCUGUUCAUGCUGGACAAGCCAGUCAGCGUGUGUGCUGGAGACUCCAUCAGCGGAGCAAUUGUCCUGCGCAGGAACCCCGUCUGGAGACGACACAUGACCGUUACCCUGCACUGGAACAUUAACGGCAGCACGGAGGACAACUGCCAGGCGGGGACCAAGAGUUUCCCCAUGUGGCGGUGACAGAUCGUCCGUCAGCGGCUGGAGAUCCACAGAAAACAGUCUAAUGCCUCGUCUGUAUCGGGUCAGCGAGGUAUCACAGAGAACAUGAAGGUCAGAGGAGAGUCAUCUGGCGGGACAUGCGGACCGAGUGUUAUGCCUGAUAACCACAGGCCCUGGUGAUACAACACACGUUCUUGACUUGAAUGUUUAUUGGAUUAGGCGGAAAAAGAGGCUGAGAAGGUGUUGUGUUGAUGACCGAGACGACAAAUAGUUUUUAAGAGACAUUUGUGGUCUGAAGACACAACAAAAGAAAUGGUUCACUCCACCACAUUAUGCUUUUAUUUUGGUUCUAUGUUCAUAUUGUUUUACAACCGGCACCUCAUUUACAUUGUACUUGGUACAAGUGCUACACAUGCCAACACACUUGAUUGGAUUUUAGAAAACAGAUUUAACUCUACUGAACGCCACUGAAAUGUUAGCUACAAAUGUUCAAUCAUCUUGUUAGCUAAAAUGUGCCUCAAAAACCACACUGUAGUACCUACAAAGAUAAUUCAUCAUUCACAAUAAAAUUAAAUAACAUGUUUAUAUAAACCACAAAAAAACAACAUUUUGGGAGCUGUUCAGCUACAAUUUGUUCUUUUUCCCUUUCUCUGUAAUUUGUAAACAUAUAACUUUCAUCUGUUCUGUUGGAUUUGAAAGUUUGGAUUUGACAUUUGUGUUUGUUAUCAUGCACUGUGCCAGAACUGCAGUGACACAUUUCUUAAUUAAAGACCAUAUUUGGUUUGGAUGCAA